AUGCUCUUAGAGCGCCUAUAUUAUAAGGAGGAUAUACGACCGCCGGAGGAGAGGUUGUACAAGAUCCUAGGCGAAUUUAGAGACUAUCUAGAAGGCGCGGCUAUCGACGAUUUCUACGAAGCUCGGGAGCUUGCGGAUUAUCGACGUAGCCUAGGGCAAAGACUAGUAGGACAAGUUGCGGCCUAA